AUGGAGGUCCAUAUUCCCUCACCCUCCGUCUUUUUGAAGAAGUCUCCUCCUUCCUCCCAUGCCCAAACAGUCGUCGUUCCUCCCAAAAGACCCACUGCCCCCAAGGCAAAGUCCGCUCCCACCACAAAACCUGCCACCAAAGUUCAAGAUGGUGCCGUGACAAAACCGAAACAAAGCAAGAGUCGAAAUGGUUGUAUGACAUGCAAGAAGAAGCGUUUAAAAUGCGACGAGACCAAACCGUCCUGCGUCCAAUGCCAGAAAAGGAGUGUGACUUGCGAAGGUUACAAGAAAGACUACAAGUGGAGGAGCUUCGAGGAAACAACUUUCAAUCCUAAACCUGCUGCUGUCAAGAAAAAGCCCGUUCGCUCCAAUUCUUUCUCUACCGAUAAUAUUUCCUCUCAGCCUCUCAACAUUGUUGAUGCUGCACCCACCUCUAACCCUCAACAUGGUUCCAACCUCUCUGGUGCCCAUCCACCCAAUUCGUGGUCCCCCGGCCUGCAUUCUGCCUUCGCCAGCGCUGCUCAAGCCUUUCAAGGUCCUUCAACCGCUUCCGCCUCCUCCACAAGCCCUGAUCCCCGGGUCCGUUUCCGAGAUCAAACCCAACCCUCGCCCCACCUUGAUCUUCCACCCGACGAUGACUUUAUCCCUGCCUUUCACACCAAUGACAACUCUCCGACAUUGUCCUUCGAUGGCACUGUCAAUCCAUUCAGCCUGUUUCCCACCGAGUCAGCCAGCGAAAGCAAUAGUGAUCGGCCUUUCAGCUCUGGAUCUCCACAGUUGCUAGACCUGCUGCUACCCGGUACCGACUUGAAUCAACCGCCGGAUCCAUCUGAGAUGCGUCCCCCAAUGUCUCCUUUGCCCUACCAACCAACCACAUUUGACAUGGACAUGAACCAAGUCGAUGCAGGUGAUGAUUUCGAUGAAGAGAUCAUGCGAACCGAGGCAUUUCCCCACUCUUCCAGGUUGAUUCCCAACGAUGGUCCAUCUCUCGAAUCCAACAAUCCCGCCUGGCAUCUUCGACCUUCGAGCCCAACACCAAGUGAUGCAUCAUCGACCUCAUCGCGGUCUAGCAAUCUGACCAUGCUUGCUCAGCCCACACUGGAUGCGUCUUCUCCCGAGAUGCUCAUGCUGCGGUUUGACAAGAACACUUGUGGCAUACUUUCAGUCAAGGAUGGUCCAACCGAGAAUCCAUGGCGAACUCUCAUAUGGCCUCUUGCUCGUGAAUCCCAGGCAUUAUACCAUGCCAUCAGUUCCAUGACUGCCUUUCAUGGUGCCGUAGAUGUCCCUAACCUUCAGCUUCUGGGCAUGGCUCAUAUGACCAAAUCCAUCAAACGACUGGCAGUCGAAAUUCAAAACAUGCGCCUCGACUCUGCCCUAGCCACCUCAUUGGCCCUUGCCUUUUCCGAGGGUUGGGACUCUCAUGUGUCCACUGGAGUACAACAUCUACGUGGAGCAAAAAUCAUGGUGAACAAUGCCGUUGUCAAACAUCGACAUGAUAUGCAGACGGGUCAGAUGACCACGCAAGAUGCAGCAAGGCUCAAGUUCCUCUGCAACACCUUCGUGUACAUGGACGUGAUUGCUCGCCUGACCAGUCUUGAGGAAAGCGUGGAGCUGAAUUUCGAGGAGAUCUUGGGAACGGUCAACACCCCACUUGGGGAACAAGCUGAGGUCGACCCGUUGAUGGGAUGUGCCACGACCUUGUUCCCUUUGAUUGGCAGAGUGGCGAAUCUCAUCCAACGCGUACGCAAGAUGGAGACCAACAGCCUGAACGUUGUCAGUCAAGCAAUGGAGCUCAAAGAACAACUUCAACGGUGGCAAGUGCCCAACACCCGGUCUUUCGAGAGACCAGAGGAUCCUUCGUCCGAGGUUCAGCAUUCGUGUCAGACAGCAGACGCAUAUCGGUACGCUAUGCUGCUGUACCUUCACCAAGCUGUUCCCGAAAUCCCAAGUGAUCCACCAUCAACACUUGCCAAGAAGGUGUUGGUCCUGCUGGCAAGUGUGCCUCUCAGUUCUCGAACAACCAUUGUGCAAAUCUUUCCAUUAUUUGCAGCCAGUUGUGAAAUAACCAAUCCAGAUGAUCGAAAUUGGGUCAUGACCCGUUGGGACUCGAUGAUGAGCAGACUGAAAAUUGGCAAUGUGACAUCUGGUUGGAAUGUAGUCCAAGAAGUUUGGAGUCGGAGAGAUGCGUUCGAAGCAGAGAAGGCAAAUCGAAUCCUGAGGAGAUACAACUCGAGGGGUGUUCCUGGUGGAAAUUUUGUGCCUCCCAUCCUGAGAAACCCUGCUGGAUCCAAGAGGAAGGUACAGGGAGUCAGGUUUUCGCGCGAGAUGGACGACAUGAGCCAGGAGGAAGAUGACAACAUUUCACCACCGGAAUUCUUUGAUGAUUCUCGUGGUAAUGCGGGUCAGCCGGCCAAACGACGUAUGACCUUUAACACGGCCCACAGUAGUAGGUCGAUGGACGAUCUGGAUAUCUUUGGCCAUGGUGACAUUGCAGGCUCAAUGCCAACAUCGAUGCCGCCGCUUGCUCGUCGCCAUACUGGUGACAUCCUCAAUGAUCAACUUGAGCCCGAAUACACUGUGCGUGGAAAGUUGCAUUGGCUUGGCGUUAUGGCGGAUUGGCACUGGGAAGGUAUGUUGAUUCUUUUGCUUGUUAUUGAUCUCAACUUUUCCUCGUUGCUGGGGUGUUCCAGUUCCAGUUCCAUUUUCCCGUCCAGUAUCUCCAGAACAUGUCUGUCGCGUUUGGUUCCCGGAAAGACCCGUGGUUUUGCUGUCACUGCAAUGGGCGUCGUUGAUUCCGGAAAAAGAGUCUGCUUGCUAAUGCCGCUUUGGAUCUUCAGUUUUUCUCGGUUGAUACCUUUACACGCACUCGUUGCUGCAAGGGAGAGUGCUGAAAAUUCCGGAUGGGCAUCGACGAAGACGAUAUUCUGCUUGGGGAAGCGGGACGAUUCUCAAGAUGUUGCAUCUUAUGCGGGUUUUGACGUUGAUGCCGACUAUCAAAAGUAA